UCUAUUUCGGGUGCAUAACUCUUAGUAACAAAAAACAAUGAAGAGAGGAUUUCUAGGUCCUUCAAGGAAGGAGUCUGCUGGUUUAUGCACGAUCCAUAAGGCUACGAGGGAUGUAUCGAUCGACACCCUCAAAGCAGCAUCGAUCGAUAGCGUGAGCCAAGCAUCGAACGACACUAUUCAUCAUGUGUCGGAAAACACUAUUCAUCGAGGUACUGUUCAUCCAGGUACUGUUCAUCCAGGUACUGUUCAUCAUAAUACUAUUAAUCCAAAUACUAUUCAUCCUAAUACUAUUCAUCGCGAUACUGUUCAUCGCGACACUAUUCAUAUCACGUCGAUCGACACUGUUCAUCCCGUGUCGGUCAACACGAUUCAUCUUCCGUCGAUCGACACUGUUUAUCCCAUAUCGGUCGGCACUAUUUAUAUCCUGUCGAUCGACACUGUUCAUCCCGUGUCGGUCGACACUAUUCAUAUCCCGUCGAUCGACACUGUUCAGCCCGUGUCGGUUGACACUAUUCAUCUUCCAUCGAUCGACACUGUUCAUAUUCUAUCGCUCGACACUGUUCACCAGAACACUGUUCAUUGUGACACUGUUCACACGGACACUGUUCAUAUCACGUCGAUCGACACUGUUCAUCCCGUGUCGGUCAACACGAUUCAUCUUCCGUCGAUCGACACUGUUUAUCCCAUAUCGGUCGGCACUAUUUAUAUCUUGUCGAUCGACACUGUUCAUCCCGUGUCGGUCGACACUAUUCAUAUCCCGUCGAUCGACACUGUUCAGCCCGUGUCGGUUGACACUAUUAAUCUUCCAUCGAUCGACACUGUUCAUAUUCUAUCGCUCGACACUGUUCACCAGAACACUGUUCAUUGUGACACUGUUCACACGGACACUGUUCAUCCGAACACUGUUCAUCACGAUACUGUUCAUCCGAACACUGUUCAUCGAAACACUAUUCAUCGCGCCACUGUUCCUCCAAUGACGAUCACCACUUACGGAGAAACAGAGAAGGUCGAAGCGCUCAUACUUAAGAUCGACAAGAAAGGUAUUUGGCGAGACGAAGAAGGUCGUCCUUGCAGCCUCACAGGACAAUUAAUUAAUGCAGAGGGUAGUGUAAUCCCUGAUGUAAUUGAUGUGGCUGAGACGAAUACCUUUAAUCUGAAAAGUCAAUGGUAUGAUUGGGAAAGUGAGGAUCCAUUUUACGGUCUUCCUCAUGAGGAUCCCAAAGAUCUUAUCAAGAGACUUGAGGAGUUAGCCUCAGCAAACAAGCACGAUGAAAUAUCUGCAGACCACAUUUUCUGCAAGAUCUUCCCCUAUUGUUUAUCCGGAGAUGCUUUUAGCUGGUUCAGUAAGCUGCAACCAAGAUCUCUAACAUGUUGGGAAGACAUCAAAGAGGUUUUCAUAGGCAAAUUUUUCAGCGAGGCUGUAGCAACUCGAAGUAAAAGGCUUGAUUACAUGAUUAAAGAAUGGGAGAAAGGAAUAAUGAUUAGUAUGAGUCAGAUUCUUGACUUCAUCUACAGCGAGGAGAAUGGAGAUAUUGGAACACCGACAACUCAUGUCAAGCAGCCAGACAUUCAGGUUCACCAUGCAGAUGAGAGUAAGUAGAAGGACGAACUGAACAGAGAAAAGCUGGUCAACCAUGAUACAGUUGAGGAUGAUGAAUAUCAUGUAUCAGGAGAGCAGAGCAAAGUAGAAGAAGCUGAUAUAAAAGAUCCGACUUCAGAAUCGAUCGACAGUAGUAACUCAGAAUCGAUCGAUAUCCGCACUUCAGAAACGAUCGAUACAGAUAUUUCUCAUCGAUCGAUACCUUCUACAAUCCCUGAUGCUACCACUGAGUAUGUUAGGACUGGACGAACGAAGGCAAUUAGAGACUAUAACAGUCCUGAGGAUGCUUAUGCUAAAGGGUCUGCAUUGCGUCAUUCAACACUUCAGAAUAUUGUCCUUGAGCUGCACCCUCCAUAUAUCUCUCUUGUGGGUCAGCAUUCUUUCCAUGGUUUUCCUCAUGAAGAUCCCACUAGCCACCUGGAGACAUUUAUAGAUCUAUCAUCAACCAUCAAAUGCAAUGGAGUCUCUGAAGAUUACUAUUUAUGCAAAUUAUUCCCAUACUCUUUUGUUGUGGAUGCAGCUCAUUGGUUGAAGAAGCUACCAUCAAGAUCUCUCAAUACUUGGAAUGACAUUGCAAACGCUUUCGUCAACAAGUUUCUCUAUGAUGCUGCAACAAGUCUAGAGAUUGAGAUGAGAUCUAUGAUGGAAUAUAUGGUGGAAGAUGAUGAACAACAUGUGUCUGGAGAGCUGAGCAGAAUAGAAGAAAUCGAUAUUAGUGACAUGAGCUCAGAACCUAUCGACACUCCAACCUCAGCAUCGAUCGACAUCCCAACCGUAACAUCGAUCGACCCCAGCCUUCAAACAUCGAUCAACACAAACUCCUGUUGUCGAUCGAUACCACUUGAAAUCCCUGAAAAAUCGAGUUGUCCUCAGGACAUUGCAGACUCGACACUGAAGAGCGUUCGAUGUAUCAAGUUGUUAUCCUGACCAAAAAGUAGAAAAAGAAAUCACCAUGGAAGAUUUCUUGGAACUAGAAGAAUUCUUGGAGUUAGAGGAUGGGCAACAGCUUGGAGAUUUGGAUUCGAGUGAAGAAGUAACUAUGGAAGACUUCUUGGAGAUGGAGGAAUGGCUUGAGGAUUUAGACCAGAACCCGAAGCAGAAGUUUGAUGAUCAGCACCCUUCGGGAAGAGGUCUGAAAAUUUCACAAAAGGCUGACGACAUCGAUCGACAUCAACCUGAUGAGAUCGAUCGAUACACUCCAUGCAUAAUCGAUCAACACCCACCCUACGCCAUCGAUCGACAGUCGCCACACAUCAUGAAUCUAUAUACACCCGACUGUAUCGCUGGAUACCCACCCGAUUGCAUCGAUCGACACCCAUGUUUGGAUGAACUAUCUGGAUACCCAAUUGAACCAGGACCGAUUGAGGAGAUAAUGCACAUGUCUAAGACAUCACACACUGAUGUCCCCGAACAUCUAAGACCACCUAUAUGCGCAGAAGAAGCUGUAGGGAUUUGUAAAAGAGUGAAGAUGAUACAUGAUCCUGUGAAGAUUAUGGUUCCAUGUGCAGUGUUUGAAGUUGAAUCUCCUAUCCCACCAGAUAAAGGUGUGUAUCUGAGUACUUACAUUGAGGUAUUGAAUGAUCAACAUCAUGUAGAAGCUUCUCAGAGAGGGCUGCGAUUUAGAGAUGAAGUAGAUAACUGCCCAACAGAAGUACCAUCGAGCAACAUCAACAGAAAAAAAUUGAUCGACACUAACACUUCAUCAUCGAUCGACACCGAUCAGAUACCAUCGAUCGACACCAGAUGCGAAUCAGAGUAGAAUGAGUAUGAAUUGUGUGGAAAUAUUAUUUAUGGAGAUACAACCACGCAUUCAGACAAGUCUGAGGGAAAGAAGUGGAGGAACUGGAAAAAGAAAAAGAGAAUCAAUGAAGGUUCUCAGUUAUCAUUGAUUCAUCACUUCUCAGAUGAUGCCAGGAAGUCCAUAGUGAGAUUACACAAGUCCGUGGGAAAGAAGGGGAGAAAUUGGAAGAAGCGGAAACGAACCAAAGGAGGUUCUCAAUUACCAUUGACUCCUUACUUCUCAGAUAGUAUCAGAAAAUCAAGAGUGCGCAGCAAAUGCUUCCCACAUCCAUAUGCAAAACUUAAAGGAUUCCUUAUUGCUGAAAUGAUAGACAAAGGAGAAGGGUAUAUGGAGGAGGCUUUCACACAAGAAUGAUAAAGCUUCAAAGAGUAGACAUUGAAACUUGGUUUGGAGCAAGUUCUCAUUCUUAUGCGGACUUAAUCAGAUCUCCAGAAGUUAAGCUAAAGACUAAAAAUAAAGCUGAGUGGGAGGCAACCCACUGUUCGGUUUGUUUUAGAUAUGGUUUAUCUUUCAUUUAUUACUGAUUCUUUGUUUUCUAAAGAUUUCAGGUUAAAAAAAAACAAAAAAAAAAUGAACAGUAACGACGUACUGUAGCAGAGACACUGUAGCAGCAACACCAAGGGACACUAUAGCAAAGCACUUUUCAUAGAAAAAAUAAAAAAAUAUUAUUAUUAUUAUUUUUAUUGAUUAUUGGUUUUAUUAUUUAUUUAUUAAUUGUAUUAAAUGUUUUGUUUAUGUUAAGUAAAAGGACAAGAUCCGAGGAAGACGAGAUUGCAGGAGAAUCUUUGAUGGCUACGUAGCAUCGAUCGACAGAGCAUCAAGAGUAUCGAUCGCCACUUAACUGUGUUGCUCGACACUCACAUCCAAGCAUGUAUACCGUUUUUCCUUGUUAAAUAUUGUCCUUAUGAUUUAUUUUCCCACCAAUCUUAGACUGGAUAGCGCUAGUGAUAGUGUUGUUUAAGUCUGGGGGAGGUUCUGCUAAUAUUGUGUUUUACUUAGUUA